ACAGAAUGAAAAUUAACAGAAAGAAAGAGAGAGCAUAGAAGAGAAGAGAAGAGAAGAGAAGUGUGAGGAUUGAGCGCCGCCGUUAAUGGCGGAAUUCUGGUGACGCGCCGCUGUGCUUGUUGCAGACUGAUUUUUAUCAGCGAGUUUGAUUACAUGAGAGAAGCUAGAAGAAGCUCAUGGAUAGAACCAGAGAAUCCAGAAAGUCAUCCAUGGCCACCUCCACCAACGGAUUUCCUAAGCGCAGACAUCGAACUAUUGCUCUCAGAGACUCUUCCGAGGAAGGAGCUGUGGAGUUGUUAAGAGAAGGUGCGAGUAAAAGAGGAAGGAAUCGCGAUAGGGAUAGGGAUAGGGAUUCGGCCAACCGGAACAAGAGGAGGAGAGGCUCUCACUCGCAAAGCACCGAAGACAGCGUCGGAAACGAACAAGGCGACGACGUUGUGGACGCCGGCGCUUCUAAGAUCCGUUCCCCGAAUAACACGAUGUCGUUCGCCGCCGAUCAGAACCAUCGCCGGACUUUCGCGCCGGCGAAGCCACCGCCGUUUAAGAUAACGGAGGAGAUGAUCGGCGUGACGGUUCCGAGGAAGGCUCGUUCAGCUUCUGCGAAAAGGUCUCACGAAAGUUGGGUUUCCGCAAGCGGCGGUGGCGGUUGCGGCGGCGGGGAGGAGCUGAAUCUCCGGCAACGGUCGAAUUCCCCCGGAGGACAUAGCGUUGAACCGGCCUCGCCUUCUUCUUCGAGUGUUUCUGUUAGGAAGAAGAUGAAAGAGAUUGAAGUUGGUCCUAAGACAUCAAAAUCGUCUUCAUCAGACAUCGAGAUUGAGAUAGCUGAGCUUCUGUACGGUUUGAAGACAUCAAAGAACCACGACUCUUCUAAAAAGCUUGAAGCGAGUGUCAAUCACCAAGCUUCUGUGUCUUGUCACUCUGAGGAUGUUGAGAAGAAGAAAAUGGAAGAAAACGAUUCUUCCACUAUGGUUCUGAAUAAUUUAGCUAAAGAGUUCGUUAGAAUUCAGAGUGAGCAAACUGCUGAUGUGGAUUUUCACGAUGGUCACGAAAAUGGACCAUCAGAAGCUCCGAAAGAGAACUUUGGGGAAGACAAAAUGAUUUCAGGUGCUGGAUUUGGGGAUGCUUCGGCCGAUGGAAGAUCGGUCUCCCCUACAAGGGAAUCGCCAUCGUGCUGCAAGUUGGAUGCUGAUAAACAGGAUUCAGUUUCUAGAAGAGUGAUGUCUGCUGUUUCAGAGGCCAAAACCCAACGAGUAGGCAAGUUUGAGAUAGAUCUGAUGGCUCCUCCUCCUAUGGGGCUGUCCCCAGAAGGAGAUGACUUGUCAAGGGGUGAUUUCAUAUCAGAAAAUAAAGCUUUGGCACUGGAUAUUGAAAUGAAGAGGGAAAAUAGUGUCAAGUUGGAUAGACCAGUUAAGAAGGAGAAAACUCUGGAAGAAAUUGAAGAGGCAGAAAUGAUCUCAUUUAAGGAGAAGUUGGAUGUGCUAAAACAUAAUUUGGAGAAGCUAAACAAUGAGAAUGACAUAAAGACGAGCAAUAAAUUAGAAGAGCAGGAUAGAAAUAAGGAGCUACCUACUAUAUCAUCAAAUCCCAAAGUUGAGAAAACCGCUCAAUCUACUUCAAUGCCUUUAUCAACAGCUGAAUCAGGACGGCCAAGCAGUCUCUCUCCUAUUGGAUACAAGCCGCCCUUGCAACCAGUUGUGAAAACGAAUAAAACGACAGGAACUUCGACACCACAGCAUGUAAAUUUUGUUCUCUCUCAACCACGACCAAGCAGAUGUGCAACCCAUUAUUACAUUGCUUGUAACAUUUUACACCAGCAGUUUACAAAGCCGAAGCCCCCUUUACCAGUAGCCAUUUCUGGUUCUUUGGGUGGCACAAAACCCAACAACGUCCACUGUGUGCCUUCUGCAGAAAGUAUGGCCGUCGGGAAGCAAUCUCAAAAACAAUUGCCAAUUGUAAACCAAAAUGCAGCACAGGAGAAAGGGUGGGCUGCCACCAGCAAUCCUAGUCUUACCGCAGCCAAAACUUUUAAUAAUGCCAACCCAGUGGAUUCAGCUCAUAGGGUGCAGCUUGUGCUCCAGCAAGGUCCAAAUCCUGGGUCAACCAGUAAUCUAGUGCAUGGUCCUGCUUUCCUCUAUCCUCCUGGUCAGCAUCAAGCAUCAGUAACAGCAGCUACUAAUCAAGCAGGAGCUGGGAAUUCCCCUAACAGCACUUCCUCAUAUAAUAAAUCCCACAGUUCAGUUGGUGGAUCUCUGGGUACCUCCUCGACUUUGCCAGUAGUUGCUCCUGCAAUAAGCUUUAGCUACCCAAAUUUUUCAGCUAAUGGAUCUUCUCCAUAUAUGACAAUAGUUCACAAUAACGGGUAUUCAUUCCCCUUUUCAACUUCUCUUGGAGCAACUGCAGCAAUCAGAGGUGCAAGCCCUCCACAAGCAACACAUGUACUCAACGUACCUUUCUACUCUUCUCAAUCGUUCCAUCCACAACAGCCCCCUCAGUCACAAGCACUGGUUCAACCAAGUUAUCUUAAUGCAAGCACGUCAAGUAGUUCAUCAUCUCAUAAGCAGUCACAAGGUGCACAGGUUAAUGGCAGUAACGUUUUGACCUCUACAACUAUGGAGCAACAGUCACAAAAGAGGCAAACAUCACUGUCUCAUCUUCGUAAGCACGAGACUGAGAUGGGUGGAGGGAAUGCACCUUUAGUUGCUAAUCGAACUUCUUACCCACAGAAGAAUGUGCAUGGACAGAACUUUACAAUUCCAGUUCAGCCAGUGAACUUUUCUUUCAAGCCAUCUACUUCAUCGAAUACUGUUGUUGGCAAUGGUGGAACUUUUGGAGACAAACAGCAACAGCAACAGGCUUUAAAGGGAGGAGUAGAGAAUAUACCAUCUCAAGCAUUUGCAAUAUCAUUUGCUGCAUUCAAUGGGACCAGUGUUCCUUCAAACCUUAACUUUUCAUCCAUGGCACAGAAUCCUGUGAUACUUCAGAGCCUGCCUGAUAUUGCAUGGCAAGGAUAUCAAGCUGCAAGCACACCUCAGACUACUCAGCAAAAGAAUUAUUCAAUUACUGAGGCGAAGAGUGGAGGAAAUUCUUCACACCAAGAUGAUGAGAAAAAAAUCACUCAUGCCAAGUCUUCGAGCAAUGGGCCAACCACCCUUGUUUUUGAUAAUUCAUCGAAGAAUCUUAACUUUGUGCUAUCCUCUACGAAUGGAAACUGGUCUGGUCACACCAUUGCCUCAACUGCAAUGACAAGUGUGCCUCUUUCUAGUAAUGCUUCAAGUUCCCAACAGCCACAGCAUUUACUUCAGCUUCCGAAGCAGCAUGCUAUGCAACAGCAGCAACCUGCUAUGACAACACGAUAUAAGCCAUCAUCCACCAAUAGCACUCCUGCUACAAAAUUUGCAAACAAUGCCCCUGUUUUCUCACAAACUCUUACUCAGUGCAAAAGUUCUAAUCAAGCUUCUCACACUAAGGCCUCGGGUAGAACUACAGAUUCUCAUGGUCAUCACUCAUCUAUCAUAGCAUCUAAUACUCCAACCCUCAAAAACUUUUCUCAGGAACAAGGGAGAGUUUUGCAGGGUCAUAUGCAAAUUUCUUUUGGGGGAAAUUACAUGACUUCCCUGCCACACCAAGGGCAACAACUACUCAGUAACAACCAGCCUUUGUGUACAACAGCUGGUGGCAAUGUGAAGUCAAAUUCGGAAGGAAGUAAAGUUAGUUCGACAGUGAACACUUCACAAUUGCAGCAAACUGAAAAUUCUGCUGGGAGUGGCCAAAAAUCUUCUCCAGUUUGUGGGAGAAAUGUUCCAUCAAUUUUAAGCUCAUGCCCCAGCCAACUAUCAGAGCUAAAGUAUUAGAAGCCAAAUAAUAUACUCCAGCAAAUUAGAAAGAAUUCUCUGCAAUUCCUCUCAUAAUCUUUUGUAAUCAUAUGUUUUGGAGGCCGUUGCUGCUUUGCUAGUCUCUGCUUCAUGUUCAAGCUGCAAUUUAUAUAUGCUACAGGAUAAGAUUGAAAAAAAAACUGGUAGCUUAUGUCACAUUUGUGGAAGGUGCGAAUGGUGGUGUCAUAGUAGCCAGAUGCUGGAGUUUCUUGCAGCUCUUUCCUGAGGUGGCAAUGACACGAGAGGUGCGAAAGCAAUGUUGACGGGACACAUUGUAUAUGACAUUUGCUGGGGUGAUGAGUGGAUUGAGAGGUAGUGAAAGGAAGUUGGGAUCCAUUAGGCCUGCAAUUUUGAAAUAGUAGGUACCAUUAUCUUGUCAAUUUUCUUGGUUGGUUAGCUUCUGGAAGGCCUUUAAAUCUUCUUAGGAUCCAAUUAAUUUGACAUGUUAAGACAAUUCUAUUAUGUGUAUAUAUUAUGAUAUUUUUUUUUCACUCCCAUGGUAAAAGAUGUACUUACAUUCAUUUUUUAAUGAAAAAACCUGCAAUUAUUUCUUUUAA